GGUGCUGAUUUGAUCCAAGUUGUAUUGUACAACCUUCGUAUCGCGACAUCUCUUUUCCGGUAUUAAGUUGACAGGGUUAUCUGGUUCGCCCUCUUAUCGUUCAUAAUGCCACGUGAGAUUAAAGAAAUCAAGGACUUUCUUCUGAAAGCCAGGAGGAAAGAUGCAAAAUCUGUUAAGAUCAAGAAGAAUGCUGACAAUGUUAAAUUCAAGGUUCGUUGCUCAAGGUUUUUGUACACACUUGUGAUCACCGAUAAGGAAAAGGCAGAGAAAUUGAAACAAUCUUUACCUCCAGGUCUUCAAGUGAAAGAAGUUAAGAGGAGCGAACGUAUGUAAUGAAUCGAAUAAAGUAAUUUUUUAAAAUGUACAUACGUUUAAUCGUCCGUUCGUUCAUUGUAUCGAUAGAAUAAAAGAUUAUAAGGGUGUCGAAAGGAAAUGCAACUGCGUUCAUUAAAAAAUAUCAAUUUUCAAGA